AUGUUCCAAAGCCACAACGUGAGGGCGACAACGUUUCGACAUCCAGUGACCGGACAGAUCUCCCCUGAAAACACAGAGUACACGCUACAGGACAGAAUUGAGUCGCGCAUGUCCAAGUCAGUGGCCAAUCACAGAUCUCCCGCUAUGGUCACAGAGUCGACCAAACCUGUGACCACUCCACUGGAUGGCCCUUCAAGUUCAAAGCAGGGCUCCAGAGCCAGUGGAAAAGUGCACAGUUUCGGCAAAAGGGAUCAUUCUAUUAAAAGAAAUCUGAACAUCCCGGUGGUGGUGAGAGGCUGGCUUUAUAAACAGGACAGCUCUGGUAUGCGACUGUGGAAAAGGAAGUGGUUUGUUUUGUCAGACUUCUGCUUGUUUUAUUACAAAGACAGUCGGGAGGAGACGGUGUUGGGGAGCAUCCCUCUGCCCAGCUACGUCAUAUCACCAGUUGAACAAGAAGACCAUAUAAACCGCAAAUAUGCUUUUAAGGCGAGCCAUACGGGAAUGCGCUCCUACAUUUACAAUAAGAACUCUGUGAUUGGCUCACAGGCGGAACACUGCGGGAUGCGGACAUAUUUCUUCAGUGCGGACACACAGGAGGACAUGAAUGGCUGGAUCCGGGCCAUGAACCAGGCUGCGCUGAUGCAGCAGAGUCACACAAUAAAGAGGGAUGGGGGAAAGUCAGAGAAGGCCACACAGCCAGCCGUCCCUCAAAGCAGCAGUAGUCUCAUCAACUCCACUCACACUGAAAGCCCCUGUAAGGCGGACAGAGAAGUGGACCACAGCGUUAGAUUAGCCCACAGAGACGAGGUGAGGUACGGCAUUGAGGUCCAGCCCAGAACCACUCACGCAGACCCAGAGGAGAGACUGUCCCCUGAAACGAAUCCGCAGAAGAACGGCCCCAGUGUGCUGCAAGUCAAUCUACCUCCAGAACAAAACGGAAAUAUCGUCUACCAAAGGGGUUUUGUGACACGGACAGACACUGACAAACAUGUGCAGAGGAAAAACGCACUGGCCCAAGUGGAGCAUUGGGUCAAAGUACAGAAAGGAGAUCCCAUAAAGAGUGCCACUUCUAAUGAGUACCAACUUCCCCGCCGUACACCUCCUUUGAAGCCAAAAACCAGCACAAUGGAUUCUGCGUACCAGUCUUUGCCAAAGUCCCCUCGCCUCCCGUCGGGCAGCUGCUCCCCCCCCACAGCGUCCAAUCUGCCCAGUGACUACAAGUACGCCCACGACAGACUCAGCCACUUCCGCAUGUCCACGGACGAGCGCAUGGCCACCAAGGAGGGCAUGGUGUGGCAGUUGUACGAGUGGCAGCAGCGGCAACAGUUUCGCCAUGGAAGCCCCACUGCUCCCAUCUACACCGGGCCCAACUUCACCGACUCGUCCGCUUUUAGGGUGACCCUGGAGAUGCCCAGGCCCCACACGCCCUCAGACAGACGCUCCGUUAGGCCUUUGGAUGAACAUGCACAAGACAGCACAAGAUCAAGCUCACCGGGCCAUCUUUGCCAUAUUUCACAGACCUCCCAGAUAGAGAGACGGUCUAUGCCUGCCAUGGGAUAUAUCACACACACAGUCAGUGCUCCUAGUCUGCACGGGAAAACGCCCGAGGAGCUGACGCUGCUGCUCAUUCAGCUCCGGAGGCACCAGGCCCAGCUGGCCAGUGUGCACAGCCCCAGUGAGGCUUUUGCUCGCCUACAGCACCACCAGCACAACAGCCUGUUAGGCACCACCUUACAGGCGGAUGACACAUACAUACAACUCAAGAAGGACCUGGAGUAUCUGGACCUGAAGGUUACUGGAUGUGAAAGCCUUAAAAAAGAGAGAGCGUCAAGGCCUGUGAGAAUAGCAGAGAGUGAUGCUGAUGUUAAACUUAGUCGGUUGUGUGAACAGGACAAGAUUUUACAAGAGUGUGAAUCCAGGAUACGUACCCUGAAAGAAGAUAAGGACAAGUUGGAGACUGUACUGGACGUGUCUCACCAGCAGAUGGAGCAGUAUCGAGAGCAGCCCGCACACGCAGAGAAGAUUGCCUACCAGCAGAAAUUACUGCAAGAAGAUGUGGUUCAUAUUAGAGCAGAAAUAUCCAAAGCAUCAACAGAGAUGGUGAAUGCCUGGACUGAGUACAAUCAAUUGGAGAGGGACGUAGACUGGCUCAAGAUGGCUCUGCAGGGACAGAUGACCCGCAGUGAUCUCACUCAGCAAGAAAAGGUGCAGCUCAGGAAAGAGCUGUGGAGGAUCGAGGACGUCAUCGCUGGCCUAAGUGAAAAUAAAACCAACUACAAAGUUACUAUCUCCUCCAUAACCAACCCUGAGAGGAAAUUUGUGCCUUCAGUGCCGGCGUCAUCAGUGCCUUGUGUGUCUGGGAGCCCGUCUGCUAUGGAGAUGAGACCGUCCCAGCAGCAGAUCACCCCCGCUGGCCACACCCCCUCCCUCUCCUCCAGCCUCAGUGUGGAGCAGCCAUUGUACUCGAUAACUCCCACCAUGGGGCUUCAAUGGGGUGAAGAUGAUGUGCCCCCCCGGCCUCCUCUACCUCAGCUCUACAGUCCCAAUGAGCAGCCGCCCGCCGUGCCUCCGCUGCCCAAAGAAACUACAGUGAUCCGCCACACUUCUGUGCGCGGCCUGAAGCGGCAGUCUGACGAACGCAAGCGGGACAGAGAGACCGGCCACUUCCCAAACGGAGACGGGAAGGUGGAGCUCCGACCCUUCCUGAGUGACCCUGAGCUGAUGGGAGCUGGAGAUGGCUCGAGUUUGGACAGCGCCAUUUCAACAGGACACGACGGCGGCUACCAGACCUUACCAGGCAGGGGAGCGGCUUCCUCCUCUUUUAGGAUAAAUCAGUCUUCGAGCAUCUCUUCAUAUGUGACUCUUCGAAGAGCAGCAUCAGCUGUCGGUGUGAAGGAGAGACCCAAAAGUGCCUUGGAGCGGCUGUACUCCGGGGACGGCACGCUGCAGCAGCCGAGAGGGAGGAUGAGUGCAGAUGAGCAGCUGGAGAGGAUGAAGAGGCAUCAGAAGGCCCUCGUCCGCCAACGCAAACGCACCCUGAGUCACGGAGACCGCAACGGCCCCUCUUCCUCCCGAUCUUCGUCCCUACGCCCCCUCUCUGCAGACCUGGGAUCAUUGAAAAGAGAGCAGGACUUUGACUUGCAGCUGCUGGAGCGGGCCGUGCAGGGGGAGGAGUGUGUGCGCAGCGUCCAGGGGGAAGAGAGACCCCCGGAGCACAAGGAAAGACCACGCUCCCACUCGGACGAAUGGCUGACGUUUAGAACCGCAGCCACGCAGCAGGGGGACAUAGAGCCACUAGAGUACGACCUGGAUUUAAGUAAAGAGUUGUCUAAGCCGCAGAAAGUAUUGAUCCCAGAACGGUACGUGGAGUCAGAGCCUGAAGAUCCACUGAGUCCAGAGGAGGUGGAGGAACGUCACCGCAAAGUGGAGCGCAUCAAGAGUAUUUUAGCAAAGUCCAGUGUGCAGAACCUGGCCCCGGCCGUGUCGGCGGACAAACCGGACCUGGGUCUGGCGACUCUGGACUCGGCUCUUCAGGAACAGGAGAGGAUCAUCACAAUGUCCUAUGCACUUGCCUCAGAGGCCUCACUCAAGAGCAAAAUGGUUGCAGCUCAAGCGAUUACCGGACACUGA